ACCCACCACUCAUCAAUAUUCGUUAGUUCGUAGCGUGCGAUUCUUCAAAGACGAGGACAGCGGUUACAGUAUCUCCUCCUAACGUGAUGGCUCCUUUAAUUAUUACAAACUCGGGUGCAUUGCGGGGAACUAUUGAUAAAAACAUAGCUGGAGGAACUUAUGUGGCAUUCAGAGGUAUUCCUUAUGCAAUGCCCCCAAUCGGUGAUUUACGAUUUCGUGAUCCAGUACCGAUUGGCGGAUGGACGGGAAUCAGAGAUGCUACGAAAUUUGGUGAAAUAUGUUGUCAAUAUAAUCGCGAGCAACAGAGGUUCAUCGGUAGCGAAGAUUGCCUCUAUCUCAAUGUGUAUGCACCAUCGUUGGAGCCAUCUAAGUCGAGAGCCGUGAUGGUCUGGAUACAUGGAGGAAGAUUCGAGUUUGGAUCUGGAAACGAUGAUGUUCACGGACCUGAUUAUUUCAUGAAGAAGGAUGUUAUUGUAGUCACUCUUAACUAUCGUUUAGGUUUUUUAGGUUUUUUCACUUUGGGAGAUAGAGCUGCACCCGGCAAUCACGGCUUAAAGGAUCAAAUUCUUGCUCUGGAGUGGGUUAAGCAAAAUAUUUCAAAAUUCGGUGGUGAUCCGAACAAUAUAACAGCUUUCGGUCACAGUGCAGGGGCUAGUUGCAUCCAUCAUUUGACAUUAUCUCCGAAGACGCGAGGGCUGUUUCAAAGAGUUAUUCUUCAGAGUGGAGUGGCACCAUCUAUAGUUACUCCAAAAGAUGCUGUGGGAUUGGGUAAAAGAUUUGCAAAUAUGUUAGCAAUAGGACUAUCUGAUCCAACGGAUAUCGUAGAGUAUUUACGAACUGUCGAAGUGGAGACACUGCUCGAAGCUCAAGAGCGACUUCGUACUCCAGAUGAAUUCACAAGAUGUGAGACGACUUUUUCUCCGGCAUGCGAUGCACCUUCCGAUGAUCCAAUAUGUCCGAAAAAUCAUCAAGAAGCUGUAAAGUCGGGAAUCCUUGUUCCUUGUAUCAUUGGCCUUGUCAGUGAGGAAACGUUAAUGCUACAAGAGGAAAUCGAAGCUCUCGGCAGGAAGAUAGGGAGAAUAAUUCCAACCAUACCUUCGAAAAAUUACGAGGAUAAGAAUUUUUCAUUUCCUAAAAUUAUAGAGCACUAUAUACGUGACUGUGGAAAUGAGGAAAAGCUUAUUCCCUUGCUGGUGAAACUCACUACUGAUGCUUGCUUCACUGCUAUGGCACACUGGGUGCUUGAAUACCAGAAAGCCUCCAACGCUCCGACUUACUUCUACAAUUUGUCAUAUGAAAUCAAACAGACAUUGGCCAAAUUGAACCCCAAGGUUACUUUACCAGGUACCUCCCAUGCUGAUGAUUUAAGCUUCCUAUUCCAUCAUAAAUUGAUGGAUGAAUUCGGAAAAAAACCUUUGUGUUCCAACGAUACUCAUAAUCGCAUUGUCCAAAGAAUCGUCGAGAUGUGGACAAACUUCGCUAAAACAGGGAAUCCAACUCCGAAAACAUCGGAACUGAUACCCAUUAUCUGGGAGCCGAUUGAUAAUGCAAGAAAAGAUGAAUACAAAUGUUUGUAUAUUACUGAUACUCUGGAGAUGAAAACAGAGGAGAAUUAUUUUACAGUUCUGGCUCGGGAAAUGGAGAUGUCUCAAUAGAAAAGAAAUAGGUUUUAUUAAUAAUUGUACCGAACUCGUCACCUGAAUAUCCUGGAUGUCAAAUGACGAAGAAGGGAAUUCGAGCUUUCAGAAAAUCAAUGGUUCUUAAUUUUAAGGAUUUUCAUUCUGCAAUUAAAUAAUCAGUUUCUUAUUCUCAGUACAAUGCCUUCUGUAGAACUAUGAGUUUCUUAAAAUCAGUAGAUCGGUUCUGGAAAUUAGAAACUUUCUUUCUCUGAGUGGAAACUGCGAUUUUCAUCAAAAUUAUUUGGUGAAAACGAAUAGAAAGGAGGAAAAUUUCGAUAGUAAAUGUCUUUCAAUUUUCAAUUGCUUGACGAUGAAGGAAUUGUGAAAUUUUCGUGUUAUUUCUAGUUGUAGCUAUUAGAAUAAAAAAAAAAUUCAGAAAGACAAAACACUUUAAAAAAUUCACUGGAUUUUUUUAACAUGAAUAUUAAUCGUCUGGAUACAUUUGAUGAAGAAUCAGAUUUAAUAAUGAUGUGAAAAUGUAACAAGCAAAAGCCUUAUUGAGAAAAAUAAAUUUAUAUCCAAAAAGUUCAA